CUUCAUUUUGAACAUAAAUACCAGCAGCUCCGGAGUGUUGCUCCUAGAAACCAGCGGCUGUCAGAGAGGGAGGCCGCCGAGCAGCUGCUGCACGAUGCGGAUUCGAUAACCCAGCAGGACCCGCUUUAAAGACUUUAUCUCCAGAGCCGCAGAGUCGCUUCCGGCCGGUUUCUCACGCUCCUUACGCCUUUUCAAAUGUUUCCUGACGCUAGCUAGCGGGUUAGCUUCCUGGUUAGCUUGAAGAUUUGCACCGUCUUGCUAGCUUCAUUGGAAAUCCACACUCAAUUACCUCCCUCCCUCCCCCCUACACACACACACACACACACACGACUGCUGGAUCUACACACGCUGGACAUCCAACCAUGGAGUCGGUGAAUCUCUUCGACCCAGCCAGCCCCGUGAAUACCGUUUUGAAAACUAGGCCCGACGCGAUCCCCGGCCUUUCCUCCCUCUCGACGCCGCACUGCAGGGAUCUGUUCUCCGCCGGACCCGCGGCGGUGCUGUCCCCCGUCACCAACCUGGCUCUGGUCAUGGACAAUCUGAAUGGACUCGGAAGCCUGUGUGACACCCCGAAGAGGAGUAAGCACGCACUCCUUGAAAAGAUUCCCUCCUUUGCCUCUGACGUCUCAUCUGAUGCCGGCCUCGACAUGGAUCCCCCGAGCCCCAUGGACGCUGUUGAAGUGGAGGACACAUUUGAAAGGGCAAUUCAGUCGAGCCGAGUUGUCAACGAGAGGCUACCAAUUCGAAGAAUCAACUCAUUGCCACUCCAGCUCCUGGGUUUCAGUCCAUCGCUAAAGGGACAGGAAACAGAUUCUCACCGCUAUGGAGUAUUCGGCCAACAACCCUCCCAAAUGAAUGCCGCCAUCUCGUCCUGUCUACUCGACAACAAAGAAAACAUGCCGGAGGAGGGCUUUGAAUUCAAGAAACCAACCAAACCAGUGUCGCGGUGUCGAAUGCGCUCCUUCAACGGUGGACAAUCUAAGGACACAUUUGCUCGCCGCCCCAGCUCAGCACCAGCGCUCAUGUUUUCUUCACCUCCUCCAGUCCAGCAGCUUGACUUUUAUGACUCCAGCCCCGUGUUCCUGAGAGGCUCCUCUGCCAGCUCUCUGAGUGACGAUGUGGACGAAGUGGACGAUGGAUUUUUGGAUGUUAUGGAUGACAACAUGGAGAACGACUCUGGGAUGCCGAUGGGAAUGGCUAGUUUGCUCACUGCCCCACUGGUUUCCGACAGUACAGGAGAAGACUCUCCUGUGAUCCGCUGCCGGCCGCGAAGCCUGUUUCGCUCGCCCUCCAUGCCCAGUCCGGUUUCCCGGCCCUGUGCGAAGCGCCCCGACUGCCCCGGAGACGAUAUCACGCCGGUUAGGGUGAAGCGACGACGCAGCCUGGCAGGAACACAAGUCACCAACCUGGAGCAAAACCCAGAAUCCCCACGAACGAGCUGUUCGUUGCUCCAGAGAUCUAAAUCCUUCUGUCAGACCGACAUCGAGAAGCUGCUGGACAGUGAGGACAGCUCUAAUGAGCUGAUAGGCGAUUUCACCAAGCCUUUUGUAUUACCCACAGUGGAGGGCAAACAUCAAGACCUCAAGUACAUUACCCCGGACAUGAUGGUGGCAGCUCUGACCGGCCAGUUUAACCAUCUAGUUGAGCGAGUCAUUGUCAUCGACUGCCGCUACCCCUAUGAGUUCGAGGGAGGACACAUCCAGGGAGCACUGAAUUUGCACCAGGAAGCGCAGCUGGAGGAUUUCCUCCUCAAGGCCCCCAUCAUCCCAUCCUCCGCAGAGAAACGAGUCGUCAUCGUCUUCCACUGCGAGUUCUCGUCCGAGCGCGGCCCUCGAAUGAGCCGCUUCGUCCGGGAGCGAGACCGCGCCAUUAACGAGUACCCCAAUCUCUACUAUCCCGAGCUCUACAUCCUCAAAGGAGGAUACAAGGAGUUCUACCCUCAUUUUAAGUUGCAAUGUGAACCUCAGUCGUACCGGCCCAUGCACCACGAGGACUUCAAGGAAGACCUGAGGAAGUUUCGCCUCAAGAGUCGCACUUGGGCCGGGGAGCGCAGCAAGAGAGACAUGUACAGCCGCCUGAAGAAGCCCUGAGCGCCUCCCCAACUGCCUCAAACACACUGCCCCUCCCUCCCCCUGAACGGACUGCAAAGUCCAACAUGGAGAUAAUGUUUUUGGAAUCGCAACAACAAAACUGGACUUUUUAGUCUCUAUUGUGUCAUUUAACUAAAACAAAUUGUUAUUUAUGCAAAUUUUAAGGGGGAAAGACGUGAAAUGAUGAACCCUGCACCUGAAGGGUCAAAGGUGCCGAGGUGCAGACUCGAUUAAGAUGAUCUGAAGCAUUGUGAUCUUUUUAUAAAAAACCACUUGGACCUACUGCCUGUUUUACCUUUUGCGUGGUGCUGACGUAAGAAGCACAGAUCACUGCCAGCUACUGUGCAACGACCAAACCAAUCUGCCAAAAUCUCGAGUUUGUCUUUCUGUCUCUUCACUGGAUUUUUUUUUUUUAAGACAUUUUUUUGCAUUCUUCAUUUUCCACCUUUUGUUAGCACUUAAAUCAAAAACCUAAAAUGGUGAGGUGCUUUUUUUUGAUACAGCAUUUUUUUUAAAAUAACUUUUAAUGAAUUUUCUUGAUUCCCCAUUUAGGCAUUUGUUGAAAGCAUGACUCUCCAGACGUCCCCUAAUGCUUAUUUCAACUUCAUAAUAAUUUG